AUGCGCACGAGGAUAUGGGUUCGAACCGCAGCAACCGGAGUGCUGUUCGGCAACGUUACCGUAAGCCACGUUGCUCGACCGUCUGACGAGUCGUCUGGUCGCAUUCUUUCUCUCCGCGUCGUUCCUCUCUCACAGGCCCACCCUCGUUCCCUCUCUUUGCAAUCGAUUGCAGCGCCGACCCCCAAGUCCACGUCGCUCUACAUCGUGCGCCUGCGCUCCGCCCUUCCCCUCGCCGCGUAUCGCGGCGGGAUAGCGAGCUACUCGGGAUGGACGGACGACGACGGCGAAGAUGAGGAUGCUGGUCCGUCAGGUCUGCGGGCAACAGCGGCGACAGUCGCGCACGAGGCGGUGACGCUGGCUGGCAGCAUUCCGCAUCGCGCGCGACUGAGCACGGAGAACCCACAGCUGAAGGCGUAUGCGCAGAUGCUGGAGGCGCAGCAGACGCAGAUCGCGUCUGACGUGGGCGUGACGUCAGAUCGCAUUGUGUACAGCUACAAGCAUGCGAGCAACGGGUUUGCAGCAUCGCUGUCGCAGCAGCAGGUGUGGCGGCUGCGGCGGCACCCGGCAGUGGCGGCAGUGACGCGCAGCCGCAGCAUCGCGCCCCUCUCCAUCGACUCCCCCACGUUCCUCCGCAUGGGCGCCCGCGGGUCGCUGUGGCCCGCCAAUGGCGGGCAGGCGAGUGUGGGCGAGGGCAUGGUGAUAGGCGUGGUGGACUCGGGCAUCUGGCCCAAGCACCCCUCCUUCACCGAUGCCGGUCUCCCCUCCUCGCGCCCUGCUGGCUGGUCAGGGAAGUGCCAUGUGACGAGGGAGUUCAAGUGCUACAACAAGGUCAUCGGCGCAAGGGCCUUCUACGAGGGCUUCAGAGAGGAGUACGGCGACCUAAACCUGACCAGCGAUUGGUUGUCGCCCCGAGAUUCUGCAGCAGCAGGCAACAAGGACGUGCACGUGGCCGGCGGCGGCAGGGCGAGCGGCAUGGCGCCAGCAGCGCGCCUCGCAGUCUACAAGGCAACGAUGGUCCUCCCCGCCCCUCUGGCCGCACUAUUGCAAACUUCUCUCCCUUCUACCUCACUGUGGGGGCAAGGUGAGCUCGCAGCUUCUCUGUCCUCCUUACCAACGCCCAACCAUAUCAUCUCGUCUGCUUGCUCCCAUUCUCGCCGUCCAUUUAUGUUUCCCUCUCCUUCUGCCCGCCCUCUCCCCUCUCCUUCCUCCCACCUUGCUCGUCCACCCUGCAGCACCAUUGGCCAUGGCGGUCAAACAUUAGUGGCAUUUACAGCAUCUGGAGCUCUGAACAGCUCAUCCUCCGCAUCAGCCACCCUGGCAGCCACUGCCCUUCCUGUCGUGGCCAAUUUCUCCUCCACCGGAUCCCUCGCGGACCUUUCCACAUACCCCAUCGGUGCCUUCCCCACCAACAGCAUCUUAAAGCCCGAUAUUGUCGGCCCGGGCGUAGAUCUCUACGAUGCAUGGCCGGCUAGGAAGAUCGGGAGGCCGGGGGGAUACAUGCGGAUGCGGGGGACGUCCAUGGUGACGCCUCACUUGGCGGGCAUUGCGGCUCUCAUCAUGCAGAAGCACCCCUCAUGGAGCCCUGCGCAGGUCAUGUCUGCCAUCUGCACCACCGCCACCACCAUUGACACCAGCGGUGCUGCCAUCAAAACUGCUUAUGGCAAGGCUGCCACACCGUGUGAUAUGGGAUCUGGCCAUGUUUUCCCACCCAGGGUGCUUGAUCCUGGCCUAACGGACGGUGACAGCAACGAGGAGUUACAAAUGUUGCCGACUCGUCGUCCAGAUACACGGCGAGCAUAA